CUGUCCUAAGAGGUGUAGCUGAGUGCGGACCGUGAAGGCAGCAUUAAUGUGUCACAUGACAGGCAACCUCUCGGACUGAUCAGAGACACAUCAAAUAAUCAUGCCCACCACGCAGUCUCCCCAAGACGAACAGGAGAAGCUUCUGGAUGAAGCGGUGCAGGGUGUGAAGGUCCAGUCCUUCCAGAUGAAGCGAUGCCUGGACAAGAACAAGCUGAUGGAUGCUCUGAAGCACGCCUCCAACAUGCUGGGGGAGCUCAGGACCUCCAUGCUGUCUCCAAAGAGCUACUAUGAGCUCUAUAUGGCUAUCUCUGACGAGCUGCACUACCUGGAAGUGUAUCUGACCGAUGAGUUUGCCAAAGGACGGAAGGUGGCAGAUCUGUAUGAGCUGGUGCAGUAUGCAGGCAACAUCAUCCCCAGACUCUACCUGCUGAUCACAGUGGGGGUGGUGUACGUGCGCUCCUUCCCUCAAUCCCGUAAGGACAUCCUGAAGGAUCUGGUAGAGAUGUGUCGGGGGGUCCAGCACCCUCUCAGGGGCCUCUUCCUCAGGAACUACCUCCUGCAGUGCACCCGCAACAUCCUGCCCGAUGACGGAGAGCAGCCAGAGGGAACGGAGGAGAUGACCGGUGACAUCAACGACUCCAUCGACUUUGUCCUUCUCAACUUUGCUGAGAUGAACAAGCUGUGGGUCCGGAUGCAGCACCAGGGACACAGCCGAGACCGAGAGAAGAGGGAGAAGGAACGGCAGGAGCUGAGGAUUCUGGUGGGAACCAACCUGGUGCGCCUCAGCCAGCUGGAGGGGGUCAACGUGGAGAAGUACAAACAGAUCGUCCUCUCUGGAGUGCUGGAGCAGGUGGUGAACUGCAGAGACUCUCUGGCUCAGGAGUAUCUCAUGGAGUGCAUCAUUCAGGUUUUCCCAGACGAGUUCCACCUUCAGACCCUCAACCCGUUCCUGCGCUCCUGUGCUGAGCUCCACCAACACGUCAACGUGAAGAACAUCAUCAUCGCCCUCAUCGACAGACUGGCUCUAUUCGCUCAUCGAGAAGACGGCCCCGGCAUUCCAGCCGAGAUCAAACUGUUUGACAUCUUCUCUCAACAAGUGGCCACCGUCAUUCAAUCUCGCCAGGACAUGCCCUCAGAGGACGUGGUCUCUCUGCAGGUCUCUCUCAUCAACCUGGCCAUGAAGUGCUACCCUGACCGUGUGGACUACGUAGACAAGGUCCUGGAGAGCACGGUGGAGAUCUUCAACAAGCUCAACCUGGAACACAUAGCGACCAGCAGCGCAGUGUCCAAGGAACUGACCCGCCUGCUGAAGAUCCCGGUGGACACCUACAACAACAUCCUGACAGUGCUGCAGCUCAAACACUUCCCCCCUCUCUUCGAGUACUUCGACUACGAGUCCCGCAAGAGCAUGAGCUGCUACGUGCUGAGCAACACGCUGGACUACAACACCACCAUCCUGGCCCAGGAGCAGGUGGACGCCAUCCUCUCCCUGGUAUCCACACUGAUCCAGGACCAGCCGGACCAACCCGCUGAUGACCCUGACCCAGAGGACUUUGCUGAGGAGCAAAGCCUUGUGGGACGUUUCAUCCACCUGCUCCACUCUGAGGAUCCGGAUCAACAGUACCUGAUCCUGAACACAGCCCGGAAACACUUUGGUGCAGGGGGGAACCUGCGGAUCCGCUACACACUGCCCCCCCUGGUGUUUGCUGCCUACCAGCUGGCCUUCAGAUACAAGGAGAACUCUUCAUCGGACGACAAGUGGGAGAAGAAGUGUCAGAAGAUCUUCUCCUUCGCCCAUCAGACCAUCAGUGCACUUAUCAAGGCGGAGCUAGCCGAGCUGCCUCUGCGACUCUUCCUGCAGGGGGCGCUGGCUGCGGGGGAGAUCGGAUUUGAGAACCACGAGACCGUAGCAUAUGAGUUCAUGUCACAGGCCUUCUCUCUGUACGAGGAUGAGAUCAGUGACUCUAAAGCGCAGCUGGCAGCCAUCACGCUGAUCAUCGGGACCUUCGAGCGGAUGCGGUGUUUCAGCGAGGAGAACCACGAGCCUCUGAGGACCCAGUGUGCGCUCGCCGCCUCCAAACUGCUGAAGAAGCCUGACCAGUGCCGGGCCGUCAGCAUCUGCGCUCACCUCUUCUGGUCCGGACGCAGCACCGAGAAGAACGGGGAAGAGAUCCGCGACGGUAAGCGUGUGAUGGAGUGCCUAAAGAAAGCCCUGAAGAUUGCCAACCAGUGUAUGGACCCCUCGCUGCAGGUCCAGCUCUUCAUCGAAAUCCUCAACAGAUACGUCUGCUUCUAUGAGCGGGAAAACGAUGCGGUCACUGUCCAGGUAUUAAACCAGCUCAUCCAGAAGAUCAGGGAAGAUCUCCCCAGCCUGGAGGCCAGCGAGGAGACGGAGCAGAUCAACAAACACUUCCACAACACACUGGAGCACCUCCGUCUGCAGAGGGAGUCCCCUGAGUCCGAGGGGCCCGCCUAUGAGGGCCUGGUGCUUUAAAACUAGAUGUUUCACUAUAUUAUGAAUACACUCACAAGAACACAUACAGUCCCAUCACAUAGGAUGGGAAUAAAAAUAAAUGUCAAGAAGAGCUAAAAGAACUCAUUCCUUCAUUUUAUAAUUAUUAUACAUUUUUCUGCAUAAUUUCCUCCUCACUGUCCCUCACUAUAGGACGUGUUUCUGCAGCAGGCUGGAGAUGUUACAUUUUCAAGAAGCAACACUCGGCUUCAGUGUGUUGUAGGCGCCGCUCCUUGAUAAUGUCCUGCUGAUCUGUCUCUAACCGUAUGAUUUUAUCGUCACUCGUAGACUUUCUCGCUGCUCUAGGUGUUUCACUGAGUCAUCACUUGUUCACAUCUUCCCAUAUUGAGAAGUGAAUCUAUUAGCGUGAGUGUAUUAUGGCUACAGAAUCUAGCGGUGGAUUUACAGAUGUGUUGCAUACAAGCUAGUCUCUCCCCCCGCGAGUAAUACAUCCUCUGCCCUUUAGGAUGGCUUUUAGGCAACUUUAGAACCAGUUGAGACCAAACAAGCUGAAACAAGCGCCAUUGAAGCAUACACAAAUACAUUCACUGUUUUCAUCCUGCCGGUCAUUUCAGUUCAUAAUUAUGUGGCAUGAUCCUCAAUCCUUCUGUACGAAAUGACAAAUAACAUUAGAAACCGAGUAUUUGCAGGUUGGAAAAUAGUUACAUACAGUAUUUCAAAAGAUCCUAUCCUCAUACUAAAGCACUGCUUCUGUUUUAAUAACAUCAUAUUUAUCUCUCCGUCUCUCUGUAAACUCCAUAUUGUCUGUUAUUUCAGGACCAAUGGGUGGAGAGCUGCAGCAUGUGUGCAUGCUUCAGUGAGCCGGUACAGGCUUGGUUUUUGGUUUGCUCUUAAUGAAUACAACCAACAACAAUGUCUGACUGUUCCAUUCGUUUGUUUUCCAAUGAGAUCCUGAUGCUCAGUGAUGCUUGUCUCAGACAAAUCUGUUGCGGGGAGUGCAGGGGGUCCUCAGGUCUGUGUGCUAGUUGACAAGUUGCCAUGGUGAGUUGAUGAUGAUGUACAUGUUUGCUGCAGCAUCCGACUGUGUCCGCUGAUUCCUCUUUCUUAGCUAUUAUGAUUUGUUCUCUCCUCUUUUUAAAUCUAUGUGUAAACCCACAUGUAAAUCAGAUAAAUAAAAAAGCAGAUUAAAUAGCAAUUGUCAUUGUCAUUGUCAUUUGCUGAAAUAAAAUUGAAAUUAACAAUA